AUUUUGCGAUAAGAAUUUGAAGUACAAGUGUAUUCAGCGCGUUGCGGACGUUGCAGUUGUCUUCUUCCUGCAGCCAUGCUUCGCGCUGGUAGUGUUUUGCGGCGGCUUUCACGUUGCCAAAAUGUCUCUGGACGAUGUGCAAGCCAGGUGGCCAAGGAAGUCACUCGUGAGCCAUUCCUCAAUGGCAGCUCGGGUGUAUACGUGGAAGAAAUGUACGAAUCAUGGUGUAAGGACAACAAUAGUGUUCACAAAUCGUGGGAUGCGUUCUUCAAAGCAGCUCGUGCUGGAGCACGGCCUGGAGAGGCACACGCUCGUCCUCCUACGGCUUCCGGUGCAUCCUUGCCUAUGAGUAAGGGAGUAUCGGAGGAGAAGCUGCAAAGCAUUGUGGAUGAUCAUUUAUCUGUGCAACAUCUUAUUCGUGCCUAUCAAAUUCGUGGUCACAACAUUGCCAGUCUUGAUCCUUUGGGCAUUCUGGAUGCUGAUCUGGAUAAUACCACGCCGCAGGACCUGUUGUCGUACACAAAUCGCUUUACAUCCUCGGAUAUGGAUCGUGUAUUUCGUUUACCUAGUAGCACGAAGCUGGGUGGUGGAGAAGAUCAGCUACCACUUGGUGAAAUACUGAAGAGACUUCAGCAGAUCUAUUGUAAGAAUGUUGGUCUGGAGUAUAUGUUCUUACAGAGCAAAGAGCAGUGUGACUGGAUUCGUGAAAGGUUUGAAACACCCGGCUGCAUGGCACUGAGUGUCGAGGAAAAGCGUAUAUUGAUGGCUCGUCUUAUCCGCUCAACUCGCUUUGAGGAGUUUCUGGCGCGCAAGUGGACGAGUGAGAAGAGGUUUGGCUUGGAGGGAUGUGAAGUUCUCAUUCCGGCUCUGAAGCAAGUGAUUGACACGUCCAGCUCUCUCGGUGUUGAUAGCUUUGUUAUGGGUAUGCCGCAUCGUGGCAGACUGAACGUCUUGGCCAAUGUAGCUCGCAAGCCACUGGAUCAGAUCAUCGCCCAGUUUGACUCAGCAUUGGAAUCUGGCGAAGAAGGAUCGGGUGAUGUCAAGUACCAUCUAGGGACUUAUCAAGAACGUCUCAAUCAUGCAUGCAACAAGCAGAUCAAAAUUUCACUUUGUGCAAACCCCAGUCACUUGGAGGCCGUAGACCCAGUCGUUCAGGGGAAAACACGUGCCGAGCAGUUCUACGGUGAGGACCAUAGUGGUGAGAAGUCAAUGAGUAUCUUGAUCCACGGCGAUGCUGCAUUCUCCGGCCAGGGUAUUGUCUACGAGACAUUCCACUUGAGUGACUUGCCGGAUUACAGCACCCACGGCACGAUCCAUGUGGUUGUCAACAAUCAGAUUGGCUUCACAACCGACCCACGCAGCUCGCGCUCGUCUCCCUACUGCACAGAUGUAGCUCGUGUCGUUGGCGCUCCUAUCUUCCAUGUGAACGCCGAUGACCCCGAGGCAGUGAUGCAUGUGUGCAAGGUGGCUGCUGAAUGGAGAAAGCACUGGAAGAAGGAUGUGGUGAUUGAUUUAGUUUGCUACCGGCGCAAUGGUCACAAUGAAGUGGAUAACCCCAUGUUCACUCAGCCACGCAUGUACCAGACCAUUCAGAAGCACCAGUCCGCACUCGAUCUCUAUCGUGAGAAGAUUGUCAGCGAUGGUACGGUCACACGUGAUGAGUAUGAUGCUGAGCUGAGUAAAUACGAUCAGAUCUGUGAGACGGCUUUCACUGAGGCAAGGAAUCAAGACCACCAGGUUGACAAGUGGCUCGACUCACCUUGGAAAGGUUUCUUUGCCAAGGGUGGCAGUCCUAUGCCAGAUGUACCCAGCAGCGGCGUACCCAUGGAACAACUCAAACACAUGGGCAAGAUAUUCAGCACUGUGCCAGCUGACUUCACCAUCCAUGGCGGCUUGAAGCGUGUUCUCGGACAGCGUGCAGAGAUGUUGGAGAACGGCUUGGUGGACUGGGCUGGUGGUGAAGCUAUGGCUAUUGGUAGUCUGCUUAUGGAUGGCAAUCAUGUUCGCUUGAGUGGCCAAGAUGUGGAACGUGGUACCUUCUCCCAUCGCCAUCAUGUUUUGCACGAUCAGAAGAUAGACCGCAAGGAGUUCCGACCUCUAAACAACCUGUCUCCGGAUCAAGCGGUCUACACUGUGUGCAACAGCUCUCUUUCAGAAUAUGCUGUACUGGGAUUUGAGCUCGGCUUCAGCAUGACCAACCCCAACAGCCUGGUGGUAUGGGAGGCUCAAUUUGGUGACUUCAACAACACCGCCCAGUGCAUUAUCGACCAGUUCAUCAGCAGUGGCCAGACCAAGUGGGUACGUCAGAGCGGUCUCGUCUUGCUUCUACCCCAUGGUUAUGAAGGCAUGGGCCCAGAGCAUAGCAGUGCACGGCCGGAACGCUUCCUUCAAAUGUGUAGUGACGAUGCUGACGUCAUACCCACACCUGUUGAUGGGCGCACGCUUGACAUGCAGCAGCUACAUGACAUCAACUGGAUUGUAGCCAACUGCAGUACUCCAGCCAGCUUCUUCCACAUCCUGCGACGACAGCUGCAGCUUGAUUUCAGAAAGCCGCUCAUCAUCUGUACACCGAAGAGUCUGUUGCGCCAUCCUGAUGCGCGCUCAUCCCUUGAUGAGAUGUGCGAGGGCACGCAUUUCCGUCGUGUUUUACCUGACCCGGAACUCCCGGAAGGCAGCGCCUCUAUCAAGCGUGUCAUCUUCUGUACUGGCAAGGUCUAUUAUGACUUGGCCAAGGAGAGGCAGCGUCUGGGCGAGGAUACCAAUGUUGCUCUUGUUCGCAUUGAGCAACUCUGCCCCUUCCCGUAUGAUCUUAUCCAAGAGGUGGAGGCUAGCUAUCCUAAUGCCUCGCUCAUGUGGGUACAGGAGGAGCCCAAGAAUCAGGGCUACUGGCAGUAUGUGCAAGCUCGCUUCAAUACAGCACUUGUCAACUCCAGCAAGUCUCCCAUCUGCUAUGUCGGCCGCGCUCCCUCAGCUGCUCCUGCUACCGGUUCCAAGAAAACGCAUCAGAAUGAGCUUGACAGCCUGCUUCACGGUGCAUUCACCGGCUGCUAAGUCUUGGAGUUGCAUAUAAUAUGUGUGUUUGUGUGUGUGUGUGUGUGUGUGUGUGUGUGUGUGUGUGUGUGUGUGUGUGUGUGUGUGUGUGUGUGUGUGUGUGUGUGUGUGUGAGACAGUAUAUGCGGCUGUGCUUGUGUGGAACGUGUAUGGAUUUUUAGAUUCAAUUGAUGAUUUAGUCAUAUUUUUCUCGAUUUCAUUUUGUAUUUGCACCUAUUUACAGCAUGUAGAACGUAUAAUUCGUCUCCCCCCCCCCCUCUCACUCACUCAUGCACAUACGACCACUAUAAGUAUAAGUAUUGUAGACAAGACUAUUUCAUCCAUCCCCUGUAUUUUGUCAUUGAAACCACUGAUCAACAGUCA